AUGUGUCUUGGCUCGAGCAGGCCCAGGCUCACUGCACUCGCUUACUUCCACUACGUACCGCAUCGGAACCUUGUCGCCUCGAUGCCAGCGCGGGUCGGCGCGCUUGUGCUUGCCCUCUGCUCGGCCGCCGAGGGCUUGCAUCUUCAGAAGGACGCGCAGCCGAAGCUUGCACGAGCAGAUCACGAGCUGACGGCCGUUGGGGCGGAGGAGGCAGGAUGGCCGUUCCACCGCCGCAGCCGCCAGCGUGCGGAGGAGACCUCGACCGACUCCGCCCGCGUGGCCGUGCUGGUUUCGGGCUCCGUGGAGAACCUCGUGCUAUCGCCUCUUCUGACCAACGUGGUCCGCGCUAACGCUCAGAAGGGCAUCCAGGUCGAUCUCUUCCUCAGCCUGACAGCGCCCGCGAAGCUCGGCAAGCAGGUGGUCAGCAGGCGGCAGGAGGCGAACGAUCCGAAGAUCCAGACCCUCCUCGACAGCGUGGACGAGCUCAGCUUCAACACCACGGUCAUGGACUUCAUCUGCGACCUUGCCAAGGCGCAGCUCGCGUCCGGCUGUCAGUGGUACCUCGAGGGUGAGGACCGUGUGGCUUUGCCUUCGGACGCGACCCACAGAAACAUCAUGACGCGUGACAGUCCGAUCGAGACGCCCACAGGCAGGGCAGUGAUUUCCAGGUGGCGCUCGCUGUCCCGCAUGUGGAUUGCGGCGCGCGCCAUGGAGGGACAGGACCAGUACAGUGCCGUCGUUGUCGCACGCGAGGACGGCUACUGGAUAGCUCCACACCUGAUCGACGUCCAGGGGUUCCAAAUGGAUGCUCAGCAAGUUUCGACAGUGCCCUGCCUCGAUUCCACUGGGAUCAACGACAAGGCAAUGAUCAUGGGCCGAGAGGCUGCCGACACGAUGCUCGGCAUGUACCAGGCCUGGCAGAAGGGCGACAUGAGACUUGACGGCACUCGCACAGCCGAGGAGGCCCUGUUCCGCAUGGCCACGGAGUCGGGGCUUAACGUCAAGCCAGAGCCCAUGAACAUCGCAUUGUCGUCGCAAACCAGCAGCGGCCUGCCGUGCUUCCGGGAGGACACUUUCAACUUGAAACAGGAGGAGGGUUAUGAGCAGUGCUUCGGGGAGAGCCGCGAGUAUGCACCCGUGACGAGCCUCUUCAGCACGUUCAGCUGCGACACCAUGAACCCGGAUUUCUACGACAUGCUCUGGCCGCAGCAGGUGCAGCGGCUCCAUCAGACAGUGGCCGAGCUGGCGAGUCACAGCGACAGGGCCCCGAUCGUUCUCACGGUGGUCAACCACGACGAGGUGGAGAUGGCCGUGAACAUGCUCACGAGCCUCCAGUCAGUCGGGGAGGAGGCCGCGAGCCUUGUUGUCGGCACCAGCACGGGCAUCUGCAAGGCCAUGAAGGACUCGGUCGGGGUCGCUGGCAGCAGGUGCAUUGCGGUCCAGCCCGCACAGGACGUGCGAAGCAGCCUCUUCAAGCACGCUGUCCUCACCACCGUGGCCGCGGCUGGCCUCACCGACAGGCUCAUCUACGCUGCUCCGAACGCUCUCUUCGCGAGGGCGCCAGAGUCGUGGCGCCCUCGGGAUCGUGAAGACCGGCAGGUCCUCUUCGCCAGGGAUCUGACGAGGUCGCGGGACGCAAAGGAGGGUUGCACCGACCAGGCUGAUCUGGCUCAGAUGGACAGCAGCGUCAUGCUCCUGUCGGACGCGCCGCAGGUCACCGAGAUACUCUUGCGGGCCUGGGAGCGAAUGCUGUAUGAGGAGAAGGCCUCUCAGACAGAGGCCCUCGCCGCCGCGGUGCAGGCGACCGAUGCUGCGGGGUUUGGCUUCCUCUCGUGCGGCUCGCACACGCUCCAGACGGCGGGCGCCAGCACUGCCGCCGACAAGGUCCUGAGCUGGGAGAUGCCGCCAGGCGUAGCCGAGAACAUGAGGAAGCAGCGGAGCAGGGCCAACGCCAGCGCGUGGGUGGACUGGUUGCGCAGGCAGGCGUCUGGUGAGACCCAGCGCCGCUCAGCGCCCCAGCAGGUCGCCGACGCUCAGCGCCGCGCCGAGUACAGCAAGCAGGCCUCUGCUUGGAAGGAGACGUGGGAGAGGCGGGUGCAGGAGCUGCGGGAGGAGAACGGCUACAACGAGACGGAGGUGAGGGAGCAGAGGAAGCUGCAGAGGCAGUACAACAGGGCGCACAGGGAGCACCACAAGAAGCGCGUGCGCUACCUGCCGCCAGACGAGGCGGCCAAGGUGAAGGCGAAGGACGAAGCGUGGGAGGCCAGCCAGGAGAAGCAGAGGCAGGACGACCUGGCGAAGGCCGAGAGCCGCAGGGAGGCGUUCCAGCGCGAGGUGGAGAAGGCGCAGAAAAUGAUGGACGCGGAAGAGGACGAGGAGGAAGACUCCACCGCCGAGGAGGAUGAGGCAGGGGCGGCGUAG